AUGCUCAACCUCUCCCUCCCCACCGCCCUCGUCCUAAUCGACAACCAAGCAGCCUUCACCCACCCAACCUACUGGGGCACCUCGCGCUCCAACCCCUCCUACGAAACCAACCUUGCCUCUUUGCUUCAUGCCUUCCGCACAGCCCGAAAGACCAACCCCGCUCUCCCCCUCGAAAUCAUCCACGUCUUCCACUCCUCCACCUCGCCCACCAGCCCGCUCCACCCCGCCGACCCCAGCAAAGGUGCCCACCCGCUAGACUUCGCGCAGCCCGCGCCCGACAACUCCGAGCCUGUUUUCUGGAAAAACGUGAACUCGUCUUUUAUCGGCACAGGGCUGGAGGGGUAUCUCCAGACCAAAAAAAUCAGGCAGGUGGUGUUUGCGGGGUUGACGACGGAUCAUUGUGUGUCGACGACGGUGCGGAUGGCGGCGAAUUUGGGGGUUGGGGAUGUUUAUCCGGAGGGACGGCCGGAGAUUCUCGCGGAUGGAACGCAGACAGUCAAGCCGGUCGAAAAAGGGGUUGUGGUGCUUGUUAGUGAUGCGACGGCGACGUGGGCGAAGGGCGGGUUUGAUGCGGAGACGGUGCAUAAGGUUUCGGUGGAGAGUUUGAGGGGGGAGUUUGCGGAGGUGAUGAGUACGGAGGAGGUGGUGCGUUGCUUAGAAGCUGCUUCAUAG